UCUAAAACAUCUGGCAUCUCUGAUGUCAACAAUAAUAAUUAUUGUGAAUUAUUCACUUUUGAAACACAUUGAUUAUUGUUAUUAUAAAUUCACUUCUUAACAUAGACACGUUAAAAAAUAUACACAAUAAAAUAAAAUGCUGUGUCGACAGGUGAUGCCCGACACAAAUGGAAUAGAACAAAUUUACAUUGUCAAAUCUGAAACGGAUCCUGAAUGUCGCGAUGGUGUUGACGCUCUUGCAUCUUCUGUAUUAGACCAAGAGGUUGAUCAGAUAAAACAAGAACCGAUGAGCGAUAAUGAUGACGGUGAUAUAUCGACUGGUUUUGGAAUGCUGGAUGUUAUUAUUAAAGAAGAGACGGAAGAACUUGAACGAGAAACUAUAAAUGAAUCCACAUUGUUAAAAAAAGACGGUAUAAAACAAAAAAUAUUUGAGGACGAAAUCACUAGCAGUGAAACCGAUAGUGAUGUUGGUGAUUUAUCAUAUUCUCAUUCCGAAACAACUGAAGACGAUCAAACGCAAUUUGAAAGUGCACAUACCAAAACCAUCAUUGUGAAUCACUUACCUGAUCAUAGCUCCGAUAAAUCUCCAAAGCCUUCCAAAAACAGAGGCUCGUAUAAGAAAAAUGCAAAAAUCACUAAUAAUAAAUCAAAGCAAAUUAGAAGGAAGGUUAUUAAACGAUUUGUUUGUCACUAUUGUCCAAAAAAAUUUUCUACAUUAUUUAAUAUGGAACGUCACGAAAAGAGUCAUGAGACAAACGCAGAAAAACAAAAGUGUAAGAAAAAAAAUUUAUGCUUCAUUUGUCAACAAGAAAACGAAACAAAGGAUGCAUUGCAUGAUCAUCUCUGUAUUCACGCAGAUAUGCUCCCGUACAUGUGUAAAAAAUGCGAAAAACCAGUAAACGUACUAUCUGUUAGGCUACUUAAUAAACACUUCCAACUGCAUAAAGAAAUGAAAACUGGAAUCAUCAAGUGUAUGUAUUGUUCAGCUAGAUUUCAUUCCUUGUCCGGUUGUCGACAACAUGAAAGGGGCCAUGUUGAACAAGAACACAUAAAAGAAGCGGAAGCCAGGGCGGAACUGGAAAGUAAGCGUCUCAAUGUAAAAGUUAUUAUCGUUGACGGAUUGAAGCGAUAUGAAUGUGAAUAUUGUGGUAAAUCUUACUCUUUACUUGCCACUUUAAGGAGGCAUACAAAUUCACAUACACUAGAAAAAGUUUACAUGUGCAAAAUAUGUGGGAAAAUUUUCAAUAAAGCAUCCUCAUUGACACUACAUGAGAAGGUUCACUCAGAUAUUAAACCUUAUAAGUGCGAAACCUGCGGCAAAGGGUUCAAGGAAACAAUCAGAUUGAUUCAGCACAGGCGUAUCCACACUGGAGAAAAACCUUUUCAAUGUCAGUGCGGAAUGGCAUUCCGAAAAAAGUACAUAUUAAAAGAACACAGGCAAAUUUGUGACCUUCCAGAGGAAACCGUGAGGAGCACGGAAUGUCGUUUCUGUCAGCAGACAUUCUCACAUUAUUUAGAAAUGGUUGAGCAUGUGAGAACGUCACAUGCUCUUGAAGCACCCGAUACUAAAUGCCAAUACUGUACGUCAAGAUUUAAAAAUGUCGUUCAAUUGGUAAUUCACGAACAGCGUCAUAACAUGCCGAACGUUUUAAAAUGUGAUCAGUGCAAUCGUAUUUUUAAGCAAGAAAAUCACCUAGAUACACACUUAAAAUCACAUAUUAAUGAACCUGAGGCUUUUAUUUGCGAUAUAUGUGGAAAAACUUUUAGCCAGAGUGUAAACUUGCGUAUUCAUAAACGAAUACAUACUGCAAAAAGAACGGCCGUGUGUGACCUCUGCCCCAAAAGCUUUUUAAGCUCAAACACUAUGCGACGCCAUCGCUUAACUCACUUCAAGGGUAGCAGCAAGAAUUUCAUCCCAUCUUUGGCUCAGCAGGAAUAAACAACUAAUAAAAGUUAAAAUCAAAAGCUGAGUGAAGCACCUCUUAUUGAGCAAAUUGCUUUCGAACAGAGUGUUACGCACCUAAGUCAAAGUGAUAUUUUAUGAAAAUACAAACUUUAUGAAUAACA